CCACUUUUUCUCUUCUUCUUCUUCUUCGUGACACAUACUUCAUCCUAUAAAGACUCCAGAAAACAGAAGCAGGAGCGUAUGAAACUACCACGAAGUUUCUUCCACCAUUCAUUCUCUCUCUCUCUCUCUGUCUCUCUCACAGGUACAGCCAACACUCAAAUGCUAGGCGGCUAGCUUUUAUUCUUUUCGUGAUGUAUGUAUAUAUGUAGAGAGAGAAAGAUCAGAGGGAAAGAAUAUAUGCUUGCAAAAUUUUGAAUUCCAGUUAAAAUUUCGAAAUUAUCCGCGAAUAUCUGCUUACCCAUUUCUUAAUUUCCUUACUUGUCAAGGCUAGAACAACUUUAUGAUAUAAAGGUUGAAUCUUGAAAAGAUGAGAUUAUCGUGAUCACAGUCAUAUUCUAGUGUACCAAGUGUCAGAUUGUGGAAGAGAAAUGGAGGCUUUGAAUAGUUCUUACUUAAAGAAGAAGUGGAAAUUUCGUGUAGUCUUCCAGGGAAUCUGUGCAUUAGCGUUUAUUUUCUUAGUUUUUCACCAAGAUAGUUUCCAGAAUCCAGUCUCCAAAAAACCCUUUCUUGUUCUUUCUGGUCUUGGAAGGAAUGGUAGUGAUGGAGAGGCUCUUAGGAGGAGAAUUGCCGAGAAAUUAGUUGAGGGUUCUGAUGAGGAUUCAGAAAUUUGCAGUGGGAUAUAUGAGCAUGAGGGUUAUGAUACCGAAUGUGAGUACUUGAAGGCGAAUCCUGAGUGCAAUUCGGGUGGGUUUUUCGACUAUAUAAAGUUCUUUUACUGUGAUUGUGAGAGGUAUUCUGGUUUGAGGUACUUAGUAUUGGGUGUCUGGCUGGUUGCCCUGUUCUAUUUAUUGGGUAACACUGCUGCAGAUUACUUCUGCCCGUGUCUCGAAAGCCUCUCGAAUCUGUUGAGGCUUCCGCCCACUCUUGCAGGGGUGACUCUGCUCCCGUUAGGGAACGGGGCGCCUGAUGUGUUUGCCAGUGUGGCUGCUUUUGUGGGCAGUGAUUCGGGCGCUGUGGGGCUGAAUGGCGUUCUUGGUGGAGCGGUUUUUGUGACCACGGUUGUUGCUGGGACUGUUGCCUUGUGUGUGGCGGAUGGGGGCGUUAGGAUCGACAAGAGAUGCUUUAUCCGGGAUGUCUGUUUCUUUCUGUUUGCUGCUGUGUGUCUUGGUUUGAUAUUGGUUCUUGGCGAGGUGAGCGUUGGUGUGGCGAUUGGGUUUCUCGGGAUUUAUGUGGUCUAUGCGGUUUGUGUUGCUGCGAAUGAGUUGUUAAGGAAGCAUGGUGGGAGGUUGAAGUUGGGGCUUGUGAGUCCUCUAUUGCCAGUGUUAUCUUAUGGGAGCACAGAAGAGGAGUCUCUAUGUGCUAGUUUUGUGCAGUCUGGUUGUGAUGAUGAAGUGCCCCGGGUGGAAAAGGUGAAAUGGGAUUCGAGUUUAACAAUUUAUUCGAACGAGGGAGGGAAGGUGGCUCUGGCUCCGGCUCCGGCUCCUAGUCCUGGAGAGGGUUUGUGGGGUUGGGACGAUGAGCGGGGGUCGUCUUUCUCGUGUUCCAAGCUGCUGUCGCUGCUAGAAGUUCCUCUGAUGCUCCCGAGGCGUCUGACUAUCCCGAUACUCGACGAGCAGCAAUGGUCUAAAGUGUAUGCAGUUGCCAGUGCUGCUUUAUCGCCACUGCUGUUAGCAUUUCUUUGGAACACUCGAGACAACGUAGGCUCCCCGGGCUGGGAGAUCGUCUGCUUCAUUGGUGCUAUUGUGGGGAGCACGCUAGGAGGGCUCGCGUUUAUCUACACCAGACCCGAUCACCCGCCUCAACGGUUCUUGUUCCCGUGGAUUUUCGGUGGCUUCUUCAUGAGCAUCGUCUGGUUCUACAUCCUGGCAAACGAGCUAGUCGCCCUGCUAGUCUCGUUUGGGGUCAUAUUUGGAAUCAACCCGUCCCUCCUCGCGUUGACAGUCCUGGCCUGGGGCAACUCCCUAGGCGACCUGAUGGCCAACGUCGCGAUGGCAAUGAAAAACGGGGAUGGCGUCCAGAUCGCAAUGUCGGGAUGCUACGGUGGCCCGAUGUUCAACACCCUCAUCGGCCUAGGCAUCUCCUUGCUGCUCGGAGCCUGGUCCCAGAGGCCGGGCUCUUACACAAUCCCGAAAGACACCAGCCUGUACUACACACUCGGUUUUUUGGUGUUGGCACUGCUGUUCGCCCUCGUUGUGCUUCCAAGAAACGAGAUGCGCCCCAACAAAGUGUUGGGCUUCGGACUUAUGACCUUGUAUUUGUUGUUCCUAUCCAUUCGAGCUAGCAUCGCCUUGGGCGAUGGCUCGCUCCCCACCCAAGCUAACCUCAAUUAGCAUAAGCUUUGUACAGAUACCAUAGCCCCCACGCCCCUGGCAUGCCAUUAAGUUUUCCUAGUAUAUUUUCGGAUGCAUGAAAUGAAUAUCUAGUUGUUACACUUUUA